AUGAGUGGCGGUUUGGCUCCCAGUAGAAGCACAGUCUAUGUGUCCAACCUGCCCUUCUCUCUAACCAACAGUGAUCUACACAAGGUAGUCUGCAUCUGUACAGGAAUGUGAUAUAACUACUAUACCCCUCCCUAUCACUAACUCCCAAGUUCAUGAUCCUUCUGUUUUAUGCCAUUUGGAAAACUUACCUCAAAUAAUGUCUUGGAUCUUUUCAUUUCAGCUUUUCACCAAAUAUGGAAAAGUUGUGAAGUAAGUUACCGGUAUCAAAAUAAUGAACUAAACUAAGCUCAAAUACAAACCAAAAAAUGGUCACAUGCUUCGUAAACUAACGGUGAAAUUCCUAGUUACUGGUCCGUUUCCAACAAUGCAGAGUUAAAGAUAAAAAGAUUUUAUUUUAUUUUAGGAAACAUUGACAGUGAAUAACAAAAAAUCUAUAGCAAUAUGUUGUUGUUGUGAUUAUCAGAGAAGAUAAUGAUUGUCUCAUGCUUUCAGGGUGACAAUAGUCAAAGAUAAAGAAACACGCAAAAGUAAAGGUGUGGCUUUUGUGCUCUUCCUGGACAAAGAGUCUGCACAGAGCUGCUUUAGAUCGCUCAACAACAAACAGGUGGGCAUUUCUCGUCCCCCUGUUUUCAUAACAAGUCACAUAUCUGAUGUGUUGUUUUUGCGUCAAAGUCCCCCUCUUUUUCGCCCGUAGUUGUUUGGCAGAACAGUGAAAGCGAGCAUUGCUAUCGACAACGGGCGAGCGACUGAAUUUAUCAGGAGGCGAAACUACACAGACAAGUCCAAAUGUUAUGAAUGUGGGGUAAGUUGAUACUGUCUGCCUAGAUAAGCCAUCUCCGUUUCCCUCUUCAUCCAUCCGGAAUGUGUAGCCAGAUCUUAGUGCUAUUUAUACAGUAUUUCUGUCGUUUCCACUUCAUAGGAUACAGGGCACUUAAGCUAUGCAUGCCCCAAAAACUUGCUUGGUGAAAGAGAACCCCCGAAGAAGAAAGAAAAGAAGAAGAAAAAAAAGGUUGAAGAGCCUGAUGAAGUGUAAGUAUCUUAUCAAGACAUUGAUGCCACUCUCGUGUUCGCAAACGGCUAUGAUCGUGGUCAACGGCAGCAUGUCCUUGAUAUUAACAGUAACUGUUCUAUUUCAGUUGGGCUUUAGUUCAGAGAAUCUUUAUUUGAUUGUGAUGUCAUAUUUCUCAUUGUUUGUAUUUCCUCUGUGUGUGUUUGUUUCUAUGAUGUUUCUGAUUUGUUUCUCUGUCGUUUCCAGAGAAGAGGAGGAAAGUGAGGAAGAGGGAGAGGACCCAGCUCUUGACAGCUUAAGUCAAGCCAUAGCUUUCCAGGUAAGUGCACAAAUGUACUUUAAGUUGGGGGAAGUUAGUAGGCUAUUGUAUUACUUGAAACCCUCAAUUUACUAUUACAAUCAUGCAAAAUGUGUCCUUAUCCGAGCCCUCUUCUAAAAUCACACAUGGGAUCAUGUGUUCCACAGCAAGCACGACUUGAGGAGGAGCAGCAUAGGAGACAGCAGACUGCAUUCGUGGCUGAGGAGGCCGGUCCAGGCUUCCACAUUAGAUGACUCCAAGAAACCCAGGAUCAAAAAGAGUGCCUACUUCAGUGAUGAGGAAGAACUGAGCGACUGAGGGGAUUUCACAGAUAUAAUUCAGACUCUCGAGUAGCAAAUAUUAGAAAAUGAACGGGGACGUUCUGUUUGUCAAGAUCUGCAAGGGCAUCAUCAACCUGAACAAAGAUGAAACGUGUUUGAUGAAAAGGGUUACAGUGUACCAUUUUAGUUGAAGUCCUUAACUGUUUCUGUAACAGUAUUUGAUUUUUUUUGUACUUUGAUCCUUAGUCCUUAUUAUGAGGUUCUUCUGAGGCAUUGGAACAAUGUGAAUGAAGAUGAACUGACCGGCCUUUUGUGUGUUUCUGCUGUUUUAUUUUGAACAGCUUUGUAAAUAUACCAUAGUUGUUUUAGUCUUUUUUUCACCCUUCCUAUGUAUGUCAAUAUUAGGGAAAUACAACUAUUUUAUUUUUAAAAAGCCUACCACAUCCCAAUCUUUAGGUGAAUGCACAAUUUAUUUGAAAACAGUAUUGAAACAUCAGUGAAAGAGUAGAACACCACAGGUAGCAUGUGGUUUUUCACUAUAAUGAACCACACUUUUGCUGAUAAAUAGGAAUAAAGAACAUUCAAGUCAUGAACAUUC